UGCUCAGUCCCAGUCUCAAAGGAAGAGGUGUGGCGAUCUCAGGUUUCUUCCUGCAGUUCAUCCUUGCCUUGAGAGGACAUGGGAGAAACUACAAGAUGUGGAUUGUAUUUUUUACAAUGAAGAAUAUAUGGACUGUACCUGGAACAUAUCUGGAGAGAUGGUAAACUAUACCCUCUACACCUGGUAUAAGAAAGAACCACCACAGGAAUGCAAGAGCUACAUUCAACAACAUGGCUACAACGUAGGAUGUCAUUUCUCAACCAGUGAGAUACACCAAUUCAAACCAUUUUACGUUUUCAGAAAUGGUUCGGGAACUAUUUCAGGAGAACCCCAAAAGUUUCAGCUCCAGAACCAAGUCAAACCCUUUGCUCCUGAAAACCUGGUGGUGAAUGCCACGAAAAAGUACGGGCUCAGCCUGAGUUGGGUUUCCACGAUGCCAAAACUCGAAUGCGUGGAGUUUGAAGUCAGGUACCGGAAUAACAAGGACAAGGAAUGGCAGAAAGCUACUGUCAUGCAACAAACAGACUUCAAUUUGGCAAGUGUGGAUCCAGAGAAGCUCUACACCUUUCAAGUGAAAAGCAAGAUUAACAAAUACUGCGGCACGACAAAAUUGUGGAGUGAGUGGAGUCUCCCUGGUUACUGGGGGAGGAACGACACCCAAAUAGAAGAUUCAAAAGACGUAACCCGCACGUAUAUCACUGUGAUUUCCCUCGCUGGAAUAAUCAUACUUAUGAUUUGUUUAGUAAGGAGUGAAAGGUUGAAAGUGAUUAUCAUCCCAAAGAUUCCGAAUCCAGGCCGAAAUUUUGACCCUCUUUUUAACAACCACAAUGGGAACUUUCAGGAUUGGCUUGGGGUCUCAAAGGACACAUUGGAAGGCCUCAAAUCAAGCUACCAUGAGAACGUGUGCAUUGUGAGUGAAUCCCCACUUGAUGCCACCCAGAGUACUAUCCAUGGAGGCUUCUAUGAGCAACUUGGAAGGACAGAGAUCCCAGGGAAGACCUUCAGUCCUGACAACAUGGAAGAGGCUCAUCCAAGGUUCACCUUGCCUGCAACAUUGUUUUCUGACAUUGCAGUUUUUGUAGAAAGCACAACACCAAGUCUGGCUGAGGAGGAAGACAGUGAGCAAGAACUGACUGAAAGGAGACGGACAGAAAGAACGAGUGACCAACAGAAUGAAUGGGAGUCAUUCAAUAGUUACUGUGUGGUAGUGUGACAAGUGACUUGCACAGGCUGUAGCAGCUUUUACCAUGCAGUUUGAUGCUAAAUUAACUAAAGCUUUUGUUUUGCAUGUUUCAUUAUUCUGUAACGCUGUCUUCAUUAUAUUUUUUAAAUUUGUUUAUGCAUUUGACGGCAAUUUAAUUUCUUUCUGAGCAGAGCUUGUAAAAACGCUUCAAAUGUUUUGCUUUUGAAUAAACCAUUUAUUGAUGACUUGGCACUC